ACACAAUACUUUAUACUCUCGUCUAUGGACCUUUCGACCGCUCAGCAUGGUCUAGAGAUCCAUCUAAGCGUCAAAAUGGCUUGACCAUACAAUGUGUCGCGAAUGGAAUUUAUGGCUGCCACAUCCAGCAUUGCUGGCCUGCUCAACCUCAGCGGAGAAUGUGUGUCCGGGCUGCUAAAGCUGAAGGCUCUAUACCAGGGUAUCGCCAAUGCAUCGAAGACAGUCACCGCCUUCAUUAAGGACGUGAAUAGCCUCUUGAAGAGCCUGCGAGACCUACGCCUACUGCUGGAGAAGAUUGACAAGGCUGAGACUCCGUUUUCUGACGUUGCCAGCACCUCUUCAUUGAGGAUCCAGCUUGAAGACUGCAACCUCGAUGUGGCGGAAUGGAUGAACACUGCGGUGUCAUGCAUGCCGAUCGGGGGCAGAGGGUUGCGAGCUGGCUUUCGCAAGUUCUGGCAAGCAGCCAACAAGCAGCCGGUCGGCGACAUCCGUACAGCUACGCAGCGUCGGCGAGCCGAGUUCACGUUAAGUCUUGAAACGUUGGGCAGGCUUUACGAAGUUCAGUCAGCUUUGCACCUCCGUGACAUCAAGGCCCAUACAAGCCGAACUAGCGAGGUUAGCCUUCAGCUACUGAAGCAAACUUCUACCGCCCAAGACCAGCUGGACCGCAUAGAGGCGAUCUCGGAGUCAAUAGCCAGCAUGUCAGUAGGCAGCAUGCGAAGCUUGGCGAGCGUGGCGAGCGCAAUGUCGACAUUGUCAAACGCUUUGGUGGUCAGCGGCGCUGAGAACAUUGUGGCGUCCCUCCAACGUGCUUGGUCGAGCAGCAACUUGACAGUCGAAGCAGACCGCAUGGUCUCUUCCGGCAGCCUCCACGUUCAAGGUGCCACGCCGCCUCCUGAGCUGAGAAUACCCGACCGUACGCGGCAGCGGACAGCUGCGCGUGGUUCAGAUUAUGGUGAGAAUGAAGCUUUCCCAAUGACGGGAUCACCCGCGACUGCCAUGCGACGCGCACCCAAAGCUGGAACCCGCAGCCUAGUCACGCUCACAGCCGCUCAACAGGAACGAAAGCGUGCCAAUGAUCGUGAGGCUCAACGUGCAGUCCGUCAACGAACAAAAAGACCACAUUGAGAGUUUGGAAGGACGUAUCAUUGAGCUUCACAGCACUCAGGAGUCGAACGAGCGUUUAGUUACCUUAACACGGAAACGCAACCGGGAGCUCGAAGAAGAGAGUACUGGUUUACGCAGUCGUCUUGCGGAGGGCGGCAAAUCGUCCGCUCUGCCACAUAAGAGCGUACUCGGAAAGUGUCAAACUGUAUGCUCACCUAAUCCUACAAGGGCCG